CAGUGUAUGUUGCCAAAAACUCAAGCCCAAAAUUUUUCACCACAGUGCUGUAGUAAACUCUGUUCACAAUUCUCUUCCCAUUUCCAUGGCUUCAGAUUCCAACUCAAACCUUAGAAUCACCAUUGAAAGAAAUCCUUCCCAGUCACGCCUAGCUGAAUUGAACAUCAAGUGCUGGCCCAAAUGGGGUUGCUCUCCAGGGAAGUACCAGUUGAAGUUUGAUGCAGAAGAGACAUGUUAUUUACUGAAAGGGAAGGUGAAAGCAUACCCAAAAGGGUCGUCAUCAGAGUUUGUAGAGUUUGGAGCUGGUGACCUUGUGACCAUUCCAAAAGGACUCAGUUGCACUUGGGAUGUCUCUGUUGCUGUUGAUAAGUACUACAAAUUUGAGUCAACUAGUUCUACUUCUUCAUCAUAAUCACCAUGUUGUUAGUGUUCAUGAGUUUUAGCCUUUUUGAUUCAUUAAGUAAUUAUUCAUUAAUGAAGUUCGUU